CCUCGUAACAAGUGUCACUAUAUUGCUCUUCCCACUCCAAAUCAAACCUCAGUCGAACGAAGAUUCUCCAUUAUCAUCAAUCUCUGUUCAUUCCAUCGCCAAGAAAUCAAGCACUCCGAAAAUGGACGCCAAGCCAACCGAGAUCAGCAGCUCGAAGAUGUUCGGAGGCUAUAAUCGAAGAUACCGCCAUUACAGCCCAACUCUUGGCUGCUCCAUGACCUUCUCCGUCUACUUCCCUCCUUCUCCGCUUCCGUCCCAAAAAUUUCCGGUACUGUACUGGCUCUCUGGCCUUACUUGUACGGAUGAGAAUUUUAUAAUUAAGGCAGGGGCUCAACGCACUGCUUCAAGUGAAGGUGUUGCUUUAAUUGCACCUGAUACAUCUCCAAGAGGCCUCAAUGUGGAAGGAGAGGCAGACAGUUGGGAUUUUGGUGUUGGUGCUGGAUUUUAUCUCAAUGCUACACAAGAGAAAUGGAAAAAUUGGCGUAUGUAUGAUUAUGUUGUCAAGGAGCUACCUAAACUUCUGAGUGAGAACUUUCCACAGCUUGAUACAUCACGGGCAUCUAUAUUUGGUCACUCUAUGGGUGGGCAUGGGGCUCUAACAAUUUACCUGAAAAACUUGGACAAGUAUAAGUCAGUAUCUGCCUUUUCACCCAUUGCCAAUCCUAUAAAUUGCCCCUGGGGCCAGAAGGCAUUCACAAACUAUCUAGGUAGCAACAAAGCUGACUGGGAGGAAUAUGAUGCUACUCAUCUAAUCUCAAAGUUUCACAAUGUAUCAGCUACCAUUCUAAUUGAUCAGGGGGAGGAUGAUGAAUUCUUACAUGGACAGUUGCUGCCACACAAGUUUGAAGAGGCAUGCAGGGCUGUGAAUGUUCCACUCCUCUUGAGGCUGCAAUCAGGUUACAAUCAUUCCUACUUUUUCAUUGCUUCCUUCGUUGAAGAUCACAUUCGUCACCACUCUCAAGCUCUUAGGCUUCCUUAAAACCUUGUGCUGCUUAUGAUCCAAUUGCUAUCCUUUGAGGAGUUGAGGCAUCGUGACUAGUAAUUUUGAUGAAGACGAAGUUAUUUUAAUUAUGUGUGCUGGAUAUCUGUAAUGUGAAUGUGAAAAAUUGCCCUUUGGUGCGUAUUUGAUCCCUUUGCUAGACUGGUUAUAAUAGAGGUCUAUUUUGCCUAAUAAUGUUGCUUUCUUUUGUCCUUUGAAUCAAAGUUAUGUGGUAAUAGUUGAGCUGA